AUGCCACCAGUCAACAGUAAACCUGAGUGGCCUUAUCCGGAAUCCAGCUGUUUCCCUGGAAGAAUUGAGAGAUUCUCCUACAGAACUUAUGUAAGUUGAAGAUAGCACUUUGGUGAAACAAAAACAAACACACUUAACUUCCUGUUUAGAAUUGGUUUGAGAACCGCCUGUGGCCGGUCAGACCUCUUCCGUUUCUCGCGGCAACCGCUGCAGUAACCGCCUAUCAAGUCAAGGAUUUCGGGAUUCAAGACAUUCAGGAUGAUGUGCAAACGGUUAACUUGUUCUACGUGGUAUCCAUACAAUUACUGUAAUCUUCAGCUCCUCAAACCGCUCGCCAUAUCCGUCAGCUUCGUGUACACUUCAACCUUUCUGCUCCGUCACUUCCUCAAAUAUUUCUACUUCGGCUACAAGGGAUACCUGUUCGAAAAUCCCAAAAAGCCCUCUUUCUGCACUAUCCUCUGGGGUGUCGUUCGGAAGAUUCUUCUGAAGGUGGCUCCGCCGCAACUCUCUUCCUGUGACCGACUUCUGCCGAAUCUUCCGCUUCCUGCUCUCAAAGAUACUGUCGAACGAUACGUGGACUCGAUGAAGCACUUCAUGCCCGAGGUAAAAUAUUAGUUUACGAAGUGACGCACGCGCCCAUUUUAUACUUUGCCCUGCUGAUAACCCGUCUCGUUGUAGGGCACCAUUCCUGUCACAUAAUGCCUAUUAAUGUUUUCGUUUUAUCAGGAGGAAUACGUCCAAAUGGUCGAGAUGUCACGGCAGUUUGUGGCAGGAGAAGGGCGCAGUCUGCAGCGAUAUGCGUGGUUCCUUCACAAGAUCACUGACAAUUACGUGACGUCGUUGUGGGAGAAGUACAUCUACAUGGCCGGCAGAUAUCCUUUGCUCAUCAACAGCAGUGUCGCUCAGUGCACAAUGUACGGAGAGAGUGAUUUGAUUCAGGCUUACCAGGUGGCCAGACUGAUUUACAUUGAGACGGUUGCCAACUUGGCACUGGAUAAGCAACAGUACUUGGCGGUGAGAGAAAUAGUUAUUUUUCAAAGAGAGGAGCCUUGGUUUCAGGUUGGAGAUGGAGUAAUGUCAACUAGACACUACAAGAACAUAUACAAUGGAUGUAGGAUCCCUGGAAAAGAGUACGAUCACUUCCAGUGGAACCAACCGGCCAGACACGUCGUUCUGGUCCACGAGGGCACCUGGUACAAAUUGGACAUUUGCGACGGAAAAGGAAAUCUUUACACUGUCGAUCAACUAGCCAAGUUUGAGAUAACCCCUUUCCUUUCAUUUCUUUUUGUUCAGAAUCGUCGCCGAAGUGAUGGAUAGAGAUGAUAAGGCAAGCGGCUACCUCGCCCGAAUUGCCAGUCUCACAACCGACCGAAGAACCGAAUGGAGCGCAAAUCGGCAGAAGUUCUUCUUGGAGAACAGACACAACCGACAGCUUCUCGAAGUUAUCGAGACGGCGCAGUUUGUGAUGUCCGUGGACGGAGACUUGAACUGGGGAGUGGAGUCAGCAGAGCAGUUAUCCAAGUACAUGAAGGACAUGCUCGGAGGGAACGGAGCCAACCGAUGGGUCGACAAGACGAUGAACUAUGCGGUGGAUGCGAGCGGACGGGCGGGGGCCACCGGAGAGCAUUCGCCGUGUGAUGGAGCCGAACUGGACCACCUGUGCGAGAAUGUGCUGAACGUGGACAAGCAGAUCCUUGUAUCUCCGAGCAAAGAAAAGCAGUUGGAGAUUAUACAGUUGAGCGAGACAGACAGGAAAACAGUGAAACUGGCGGAGAAAUUAGACUUUGCUGUUGUCGACGGGGUUGCUUAUCGCACAAAAUUAUUCUCGCAUGAUGAUAGUUCUUUCAGAUGGAAUCAGAAAUCGAAAGAUGCUUCGAACAACACCAAGAGGCCAGAGAUGACCUUCAUUUGCACUCUCUCGCUUUCAUGGAUUUCGGAAAAGGACGAGUGAAGAAGUGUGGAAUCUCUCCGGACGGAUUUGUCCAAUUGGCUAUUCAACUCGCUAAUUACAAUGUAGGAGAGCUAUCCAACCAUUUAGACAAUAAAAUAAUUCAGGAUCAAGGAAAGUUUGUGCUCACAUACGAGCCGGGAUCAGUCAGAUUCUACGCGAACACAAGGACGGAAACUCUGCGACCAGUGACCAACGCUUCUUGUGCGUUUGUGAAAGCGAUGACGAAUGAAGAGACUACGGUAACUGAAUGGAAGCGAAUUUUUAAUAUAAAUAGGUCAUUUACAGCAAAAUGAACGGCGGAAACUUCUCAAAGAAGCAUGCAAAGUUCACGUGGAGAACUGUAAGGAAGUGAUGACCGGGAAAGGAGUCGACAGACAUCUGUUCGUGCUCUGCGUGCUCGCGAAGGGACUCGGAUACUCUAGCCCGUUCCUCGAACACUACGCCAGUCAAAAGUGGCUUCUGAGCACCAGCAACGUAACAGAUUAACUUCUCAGACCCAGACCAACUUCCAGAGCUUUCAGAUUCCCAAUAUGACAAACUCUGUGGAUGAAGACGCCACCGAGAAGAACAUCAUGAUCGGGGCGAGUUUCGGCGCGGUGGCACAAGACGGAUACGGAAUCUGCUACCGAUUCGCCGGAAACCGUGCGAUCAUGGUCCACAUUACUUCGUACCACUCUUCGCCGGCUACAGACUCGGACCGAUUUGCUCAGCAUCUGCGAGAGGCCUUCCACACUUUGGCGGACCUAUUCGAUACUGAGCCAAUCAACAACAAUGUGUCAAAAUGA